GGCCCCGCCCCCGCUCGCCGGCGGGCCCGCCUCAGCCAAGAUGGCGGCGUCCUGUGUGUCCUGCGGUGCCGUGGUUUCCCAGCGGCUCCUUCUCCGGCCAAGGGUUAGCCUGGCCCCGAGGCAGGUCCUCUGGAGAGCCGCGGAGUUGCAGUCGGUUCCCGGGCCCCAGAUAUUGAGGCUAAAACAUGUCACAGUUGUAACAACCAAGAAAAACGUUAAAGCCUUAAGACGUGAAACCUACACAGUGGAUUUUAUUAAAAAGCAGAUUGAGGAGUUCAACAUAGGGAAGAGACAUUUAGCCAACAUGAUGGGAGAAGAUCCAGAAACUUUUACGCAAGAGGAUAUUGAUAGAGCUAUUGCUUAUCUUUUUCCCAGUGGUUUGUUUGAGAAGCGAGCCAGACCAGUAAUGAAGCAUCCUGAACAGAUUUUUCCAAAACAGAAAGCAACCCAGUGGGGAGAAGAUGGCCGUCCAUUUCAUUAUCUCUUUUAUACUGGCAAGCAGUCAUACUACUCAUUAAUGCAUGACACAUAUGGAAAGAUACUCGAUAUAGAAAAACAUAAAAAUCAGUUGCAAGCCAAAGGUCUGUUUUCAGAAAAAGAUAAAACCACAGACCUGAUUGGCAGCAGAUGGCUGAUUAAGGAGGAACUAGAAGAAAUGUUGGUGGAAAAACUGUCAGAUCAAGAUUACGCGCAGUUCGUGCGGCUGAUGGAGAGGCUGCUGCAGGGCGGUGCUGCCGGAGAGUUUGUGCAGAGCUUCCGCAGGAGUGUCACUGUGCAGUCAGAGAAGCAGCCGAUUGAGCCCGUGCAGCAUGACGCGCAGGGAAUGGCCUUCAGCACCAGCGAAGGCAGAAGAAAGAGUGCCAAAGCAGAGGCAGUUGUUUAUGAACAUGGAAAUGGAAGAAUAAAAAUUAAUGGCAUCGAUUACCUGCUUUACUUCCCUGUGCUACAGGACAGAGAACAGUUGAUGUUCCCUUUUCACUUCCUGGACCGAUUGGGAAAGCACGAUGUGACCUGCACCGUCUCCGGGGGCGGGAGGUCGGCGCAGGCUGGAGCCAUACGCUUGGCAAUGGCCAGAGCUUUGUGCAGUUUUGUCACUGAGGAAGAGGUCGAGUGGAUGAGACAAGUAAACUCGUUCGCUCACAUCUGGAAUGAUGUGAGCAGGAGUUCCACUGCCAUGCAUAGCAAUCUCCCACACAAGAGCAGCUUUCGCCUGGACUGCUCACGUCUGAUCCGCGCGUCCGCGAACGGAAGAAGCCGGGCCAGGAGGGAGCCCGCAGGAAGUUUACCUGGAAGAAGCGCUGAGUAUUGCCAGGAAAGGAGGGGGCGCGUGCACCUGCGUGUGGCGAACACACAUCAAUAAGUGCUGGCCAGGGGGAAGGCCACAAUCAGACACUGGGUUGUGAGAGCUUAUUUUCAAAUGCUACUUUUUUGCAAAGGUUACCUGCCCUAACUGGUUUGGCUCAGUGGAUAGAGCGUCGGCCUGCGGACUGAAAGGUCCCAGGUUCGAUUCCAGUCAAGGGCAUGUACCUUGGUUGUGGGCACAUCCCCAGUAGCAGGUGUGCAGGAGG